AUCUGAAAACAUGUGACAGUUUCAUUUAGGUGUGUGAAGGAAAAAGAGAUCUGUAAGAGUGAAAAUACUUUUUCAGAGCUACUUAUUUGUGUUGCCAAAAAUACGAGCAACCAUGAGUUCCUGUUUGUCGCUGUGGUUAAAUUAGAGCACGUUUGUGACUCCAGCACAAGAAUUUGAGUAGACCUUGUGAACAGCAGUUGUCCCGAUGUCUGAUGCCUGGACGAGGAUCUUCACCUUCCUUUGUCUUUGCUGCGCAGCAGAGAUGAAAGGAGAGGUUUGGAAAAAAGUUGGACAAUCCAUUACAAUCCAGUGCAGAACUGAGUCUGAUCAGGAUUUUCUGAAUUUAAAAAAGAAGAGUGUCAAUGAAGAGACUGACAUUGUUGGUGUAGACAAAGCCACAGAAAGAAGAGUUGUUCUUCAAGGAAUGACAGAAAGAGUUCAGACCUAUGGAGCAUUUCCCAAUGUGGACAUCGUCAUUAAAAACUUGAAUGAAAAUGACACAGGAUCGUACUGGUGUGUAUAUUCAAAAACGAGCGAAACAUUUAAUCAACAAAUAGCAAAAGGUGACGGAUCUGUGCUGCUCUAUGUGACAGAAACAGAAGAAGUGAUUUGGAGAGAGUCGGGACAAUCCGUUACGAUCCGGUGCAGAAUUAAUACUGAUCAAGAUUUUCUGGUAUUGAAAAUGGGACUUAACCAGGAAACUGAGGUUGCUGUUAUUAACGGAGCCUCCAAAAAAAGAAAUUUUCAUAAAACAAUCGCAGGAAGAGUUCAAACAAAUGGAACAUUCCCAAGUGUGGAUAUUGUGAUUGAAAACUUGAAUGUAAGUGACUCAGGGCCAUAUUGGUGUGUGUAUUCAAAACUAGAUGACAAUUACCAUCAACUGGUCAAAAAGGGUUAUGGAUCUGUUCUUCUAAUGGUGACCGGAAACAGUCGUGAAUCAACAACAAUUAUGGAAGUGCCAAAAUGUGAUGCAUCAAGUCUUACUUUGGUUGUGGUUUAUGUUCGCAUCACCGUCAUUGUUCUGAUUGGCCUCAUGCUCGGUUUUAGCACUUUAAUCAUGUACAAGAGCCACAACAAACAACCACUUGAAUGAUGCAUUGUGAUGAUUUUCAAUUUUCAUGAAAAAAGAAAAACGUACAAAUCUGGAAACAUGAAACAGAACAUCAAGUAUGGACGAAAAAAAAACAAAAACAAACAAUGAGCAAAAGAAUGGAGAAACAGGUGAUGGAGCCAAAUGGAAAUCAGGCAUUGAAACAAAACUAAAAUCCAAAGUAUAAAUACUGAGAUGUAAAGUGACACAAGAACCAGCUGGACCAAUCAGGGGAAACAUUCAUUUUUUUACAUUAAACCUUCAGUGCUCAACCCGCCUCCUGCAUAGCUGCAUAUAGACUCUCUCACCACACCACUUACUGUCAAUAAUUUCUUUCAGUACUUAUUCUGUGAUCCAGUUGUAACCGUGCUGUUGCUUUCUUUACUUUUCAUUCAUAAAUGUUUUGCACAUGUUCAUUUUUGAUUGUUUUUCAUGUAAUUUAGCCUGUUUGAGGUCUGUAUAAAGCACUAUUGAUGUUCUGUAAUGACUUAUUUCACAGUUCCAACACGACGUUUGAUGAUG